AUGAUCAAUGCAGCGAAGGUGUACGAUGAAAUGCGUAGGAGAGACUUUUGGGAAAUUACUUUCACUAAGUGCUUUUUUACUGAUGAGAAUUACCCUUUAAUGAUAGAACAAGAUAUCAAGCAAAGAAGCCUUGUGGUCUUGAUACUGAAUUCUAUAAUACACAGUGAAGUGGUGGUCUUGUCUUUUGAUAAGCUUGUUGUUGCUGUCUCCUCUCUCAAUGGCUACCUCCUGCGACUGAAACGGUAA